CCCAUCCCGCAGCCUUUCUCCCUGCACCGUGUCAGCCCCGGCAGAGGGGGGCAGGGGCGUCUCUAACUUGUGGUGGUGCUACUCGUGGAUCUACGUCCCAGACUCGCAGGGGCGGAUUGAGACGCAGGGACUUCAGGUCGGUCCCCGUUUGGCCGGUCCCGACUCCCCCUCCAUGGCCAUCACUCACUCCUUUGCCUGGCUGGUUACCGCGAUCGGCGCUCAGCUCCGAUCGGGCAACGUUGGGAAAUAGCUUCUGCGCAGGCGCAGAAGUGGAACUGUCUCAGUUGCGCUGCUUUCCCUCCCUCUCUCCUCACAGGACAGGGGUCCCCACCGCUGCCGUCUGCCGCUACCUCUGUGUCCAAAGACUGGGCUGCGUCGCACACUACACAAUGGAGAGUAGUGCAGCCAGUGCCUGCAGGUGCCUGUCUGUGCGCACCCACCAUGCUGAACAUGCUCAUGGCCUCAGCUGUUCCUGACUCCUUCCAUCAUCUUCUCUCUGCCGGCUCUGCCUCCUGCACUUUUGUUGGCCCUGGAGAAAUAACUUUCAGAAGGAACCUGCCAUUCUGGAAGAACUGCCCCCAGCCACAGCCAACCAAAGAGGAAACAGGGGACGUUGCCUGCAGACAAGGAGAUAACACGUACAUGAACCAGGAUGUCUGGAAGCCGUCUCUCUGCCAACUCUGUGUCUGUGAUAACGGGGCCAUUCUCUGUGAUGAAAUCGAUUGCCCUGUCGUAACAUGUGAAAAUCCCGUGUCUUUACCUGGGGAGUGUUGUCCGGUGUGCCAAGACUCAGCUGGGGGUCGCCCAAAUAACCCAGCUAGAGCGCUAAAGGGUCAAAAAGGGGAACCUGGAGACGUGCCCGCUGUGUCUGGUAUCCGAGGACGCCCAGGCCCCGCCGGACCUCCAGGCAUACAAGGACCUAGAGGAGACAGAGGUCCAAAGGGGAAACCUGGCGCACGUGGUCCUGCUGGAAUAGAUGGAGAACCCGGUAUUCCCGGACAGCCUGGUGAUCCCGGACCACCUGGCCAUCCUUCACUCCCUGGAAGUCAUCCGUUUUCCUCUCAGAUGCAGGGCGGCUUUGACGAGAAGUCUGGUCUUGGCUCACAAGUCGGAUUAAUGCCUGGAUCAGUGGGACAAGUUGGGCCAAGAGGACCACAAGGUCUACCAGGCAACCCGGGUGGUAUGGGCCCUCCCGGUCCUCCCGGAGAGCUAGGCGAGCCAGGAUCUAUGGGUCCAGUUGGUCCACGUGGCCCGGAAGGACCUGCAGGAAAAGCAGGUGAAGAUGGUGAAGCGGGAAAAUCAGGGCAAACGGGUGAGCCAGGUUUCUCAGGAUCUGCAGGGGCCAGAGGGUUUCCUGGUGCUCCUGGACUUCCGGGACUCAAAGGACACAGAGGCCACAAAGGACUAGAUGGUCCAAAAGGAGAGCUCGGAGCCGCUGGGUCAAAGGGUGAAUCUGGUCCCACUGGUCCUAUGGGUCUCAACGGUCCCGCGGGUCCAAGAGGAAUGCCCGGUGAGCGGGGACGUCUUGGACCUCAGGGAACGCCGGGUUCAAGAGGCGCCAACGGACUUGUCGGACUGGCUGGACCAAUAGGUCCCAUCGGAAUAAGUGGUGCUUCCGGCUUUCCUGGGAACCCCGGUACCAAGGGUGAAGCUGGACCAACAGGUGCACGUGGUACUGAAGGUCCCCAAGGACCGAGAGGAGAGACCGGUACGCAGGGGUUUGCUGGCUCGCAGGGUCUUCAGGGUACACCAGGAACGGAUGGCAGUGGUGGGGCCAAAGGACCAACCGGUGGGCCCGGUAUUGCUGGCUCACCUGGGCUUAUAGGACCAGCGGGAUCCCCAGGACCUCAAGGAAGCACUGGAACACCUGGUAUCCGCGGCUCAGCGGGUGAUCCAGGUGUCCCUGGUUUCAAAGGAGAAUCAGGUCCCAAAGGAGAACCUGGUCCACAUGGUCCUCAAGGUGCAAUCGGCCCACAAGGAGAAGAAGGUAAAAGAGGACUCCGUGGUGACCCUGGAUCCAUAGGCCCACCAGGACCAGUUGGGGAAAGGGGCACCCCUGGUAAUCGUGGCUUCCCUGGAUCAGACGGGUUACCUGGACCUAAGGGAGCACAAGGUGAGCGAGGGAUUGCUGGAAUUUCUGGCCCUAAAGGAGCUACUGGAGACCCAGGUCGUCUAGGAGAGCCUGGCCUUCCGGGCGCCAGAGGUUUGACUGGAAAUCCUGGAGUACAAGGCCCAGAAGGGAAGCCGGGACCAGUGGGAGGCCCUGGAGAAGAUGGUCGUAGUGGCCCACCUGGUCCAAUUGGAAUCCGCGGUGAAACUGGGACGAUGGGCCCCGCUGGCCCAAAAGGCAACAGUGGAGAUCCCGGAAAGCCUGGUGAACAGGGCAAUGCAGGAGUAAACGGACAGAGAGGUGCUCCAGGAAAAGAUGGUGAAAUUGGUCCCUCUGGUCCAACUGGUCCCCCAGGACUUGCUGGUGAAAGAGGGGAACAGGGUCCUCCAGGUCCUACUGGAUUCCAGGGUUUGCCAGGUCCACCAGGACCUCCUGGAGAAACUGGGAAACCAGGUGAUGAGGGAGUACCUGGAGAUUCUGGAGCCGCAGGUCCACUUGGUCCAAGAGGAGAGCGUGGUAAUCCGGGAGAAAGAGGCGAGCCUGGAGCUUCGGGACUUGCCGGUGAAAAGGGAAUGGCUGGAGGACACGGACCUGACGGGCCAAAGGGAAGUCCAGGCCCAACGGGCACCCCUGGUGAUGUGGGGCCCCCUGGCCUGCAAGGUAUGCCUGGAGAAAGAGGUAUAGCCGGAACAUCAGGCGCUAAGGGUGACAGGGGAGGGAUUGGAGAGAAAGGCUCGGAAGGUACAGCAGGCAAUGAUGGCGCAAGAGGUCUUCCGGGGCCACUCGGACCGGCCGGUUCUGCAGGUCCAGCAGGUGAAAAGGGUGAACCAGGUCCAAGAGGGGUAAUGGGUCCAUUCGGGUCUCGCGGCAAUCCUGGUUCUCGAGGCGAAAAUGGUCCUACAGGCCCUGUUGGAUUUGCUGGCCCACCAGGACCUGAUGGACAACCUGGUGUAAAAGGUGAGCCUGGGGAGUCUGGCCAAAAGGGUGAUGCCGGAUCUCCUGGCCCUCAAGGUCAAUCUGGAUCUCAUGGUCCACAAGGACCUACUGGUGUGACCGGACUUAAAGGAGGCAGAGGAACACAAGGUCCCCCUGGAGCGACAGGCUUCCCCGGUUCCGCCGGCAGAGUUGGGCCUCCAGGUUCUGCUGGAGCUGUAGGUCCUGCUGGCCCUAUUGGCGAACCCGGCAAGGACGGCCCGCCAGGUCUUCGUGGCGAGCCCGGUGCGCACGGUAGAAUCGGAGACCGAGGAGCCGCUGGUCCCAUUGGAAGUCCGGGUGACAAAGGCGAUUCGGGAGACGAUGGGCAGCCGGGUCCCGAUGGCCCCCCAGGUCCUUCCGGAACAACCGGUCAGAGAGGCAUAGUUGGCAUGCCUGGGCAGAGGGGUGAGAGAGGCAUGCCAGGACUUCCAGGCCCAGGUGGAUCCCCAGGAAAAACAGGACCUACAGGCUCUUCGGGAGACAAAGGUCCAUCCGGUCCGAUCGGCAUGCCUGGCACUGUUGGUCCUGUUGGAGAGCCAGGGGCAGAGGGAACUCCUGGUAACGAUGGCGCCCCUGGACGCGAUGGGGCUCUAGGAAAACGCGGUGAUCGUGGAGAUUCUGGACCUGAGGGUCUUGCUGGAUCUCAAGGUGCUCCAGGAACCCCAGGGCCAGUAGGUGCACCGGGAGAAGCUGGACCAAGAGGUGAACCAGGUUCCCGCGGCCCCAUGGGUCCUUCAGGAAGAGCUGGGAAACGAGGCUUUCAGGGUCCACAAGGUCCGCGUGGUGAUAAAGGAGACAACGGUGAACGUGGAGAUAGAGGACAAAAGGGACACAGGGGUUUCACUGGCUUGCAAGGUCUCCCAGGUUCCCCUGGCCCAAUCGGUGAACAAGGUGCUACCGGACUUCCCGGACCGUUCGGCCCCAGAGGCCCACCCGGUCCAGUUGGACCACCAGGAAAAGAGGGUAAUCAAGGACCAUCUGGACCAAUUGGACCCCCUGGAGUUCGAGGCACUAUUGGAGAAGCUGGACCAGAGGGUCCUCCUGGUGAUUCUGGUCCUCCAGGUCCACCCGGGCCCCCAGGGCUACUCACAGCUGCCAUAGAUGAUUUGUUAAGUGGCUACGAUACUAUGCCGGAUCCACUUCCAGAAUUCACUGAGGAUGAAGCUGCUGGUGAUGGAAAGAAGAACGAUCCAGGGGUCCAGGCUACCUUGAAAUCAUUAAGCAGUCAAAUUGAAACAAUGCGCAGACCCGAUGGGUCUAAAAAGAACCCAGCGCGUACGUGCGACGAUCUAAAACUGUGUCACCCUACAAAGAAAAGCGGAGAGUAUUGGAUAGAUCCCAACCAAGGAUGCUCAGAGGAUGCCAUAAAGGUUUACUGCAAUAUGGAAACUGGAGAGAGCUGUAUAUCUGCAAAUCCCUCUAAGAUACCUAUUAAAACUUGGUGGUCUGGUAGAAGUGGAGAUAAUUUUAAACCAAUAUGGUACGGUGUUGAUAUGAACAAAGGAGCUCAGUUUGUCUAUGGAGAAAGCGACUCGCCAAACACAGCUGUUACUCAAAUGACGUUUUUGCGUCUUCUGUCGAAAGAGGCUUCACAAAAUAUCACCUACUACUGUAAGAACGCAGUGGGGUACCUGGAUGAGAAAACUCAGAAUCUAAAGAAGGCCGUUAUCCUUAAAGGUGCUAAUGACCUUGACAUCAGGGCAGAAGGAAACAGCCGCUUCAGAUACACGGUGCUAGAAGACAGUUGUUCAAAGCGCAGUGGAACUGUUGGGAAGACUGUCUUUGAAUACAGGACCCAAAAUGUGAAACGCUUACCCAUUAUCGAUAUUGCCCCCGUGGAUGUUGGCAGUGGAAACCAAGAGUUUGGAGUGGACAUUGGGCCAGUUUGCUUUUUGUAAACCAUCAACGUAGUAACCUAGGAACUUAAACUGACUGAGGUUAUCCUGGGACUCUUGAAAACUAUAGCUGGCGAUGCACCAGCACUGUACAUACAGUUUUCCAUUAUUUUCUAUUUUGUAACAUCAAGUACCUGGCAUUUGGCGAAAGUAUUUAUUUUACAUUAAAUUUUAAUUGUUUUUGUUUUUUUUAGCAUUCUCAAGUACAGAAAUAUAAAUACCUUAAAUGGACAGAUUUUUUUUUAUAGUUUUUUUUUUCUAAUCUGCAGUGUAUUUGCUUAUCAGUUUCACUUUCCAAUUGUGAAAUGCGUAGACAAAAAAGUCACUGUGCCUGCCCAAUGGUUUGAUGAGUAAAACUCAUAGGCAGAUUGAAUUUGUUUUAUAGCUAGAUACGACACCCUGCGCUCAUGUUUUUCUUUUUGAUGAACCACUGCCUUUGUAAUGUCUUUGGGAUCAAUUCAUCAAGCUUUUUCUAUUUGCCAUGUUGGCUUGUGGUUGAACGUUGUAAUAUAAGAUAAGAAAAUUAUUAUUUAGCUUUUAUUUUUUCCAUAUUAGGGAAUUUAUUUGAAAUUGGAAUUACUGGGGUUUUGGUACAAGUUGAGUCACUUUCUGAUGAGCAAAUGGGAUACGGAUGACUGAAAGUGAAAUGCGUCACUUGUCAAAACCCAAAAUGUGAUGUUGUGUCCAGUCUAACUUAACACCAGUAGAAACGUUUAGCUCGCAACACACUAAUUCACAAACCAACAUUUCCUAAUGUGCUACAACCCCUCAUAUAAAAAAUAUUUACUUCCUAUCUAGACUGUUCCCAAAGUGGCUUUAUUAGAUACCUGGUUUGUUGACCACUGUUGAUUGGACUAGCAUAGCCAGUUGAAAAGCUACAUUAUGUACAGGUAGACUGUUUUUGCUAUUACGCUUUAGUCAUUAAUGGGUGUGCAAAUUUUUAUGAAUCUGCAUUUCUUUUUCUGGUGUGUGCCAACGAUAGCAUGAUAUGAUGUAACAAAAACAGCCGGUUCAAUGGUAAACUUCCAUUUCCGUUAAUACAUGUUCAUACAAAACAGCACAUUGUAACAAAGCUUGGUGGAUUUGUCAUCUAGGGGGAGAUGUAUCAAUUCUCAGAGAGUGAUAAAGUAGAUAAGUUGACCAAAACAACCAAUCAGAUUAUACUUUGUCACUCUCCAAGGUUUGAUACAGUACAUCUCUUCCUUAGUCUUACUUGUCAGCUGAUUUUCUACUUGUUGUGUGGUUCACGUAAGGAGAUGACAUUGGAGUGUGAGCUUUGCUGUAGUGCAAAGAAUAAACAAAGGAAAUAUUUAUUAACAAGGUAUAAAUGCAAAGUAGCUGGUGUUUUAAAUCUCUAGUAUGGCGGAAAUGUAUCAAAACUUCGAAAGACGACAGCUGGUGGGGUUGCCCACCGCAACCAAUCACAUUCUAGCUACCAUCUUAUAGGGUACUAGAUAAAUGAUAGCUGUAAUCUGAUUGGCCGCUAUGGGCAACACUUCCUUUCCUGCUAGGAAGGUUUGAUCUAUGUUCCCCAUACUUCAUACCAGACAUCAUUGCUUACAAAGAUAACUUUUCUUUUAAAGUAUUGAAGGGAAGGGGUACAUUGUUGGAAGUGAACAAACUGCUAUGUACAGUAUAUGAACAAUAUUUUCAUCUUUUCCCCAAAGAUGUCAGGUACAGAAGGCUCCAACCUUUCUUAGCAUAAGCUACCUCAUCUCUAGAUGCUGAGAUGCAUAUACUAUACUUCUAUUUCAUUUUACAUACCAAAAGGUGCUAUGCUUUUACUGUUCUUCGGAGAAUGGGGAGAGUCAGUAUACGUGUUCGAUGGUGCUAAAAAUUCAUUUUGUAAAACCCUGAAUAAAUAAAAGUUGACAGCUCCCCGUCAAGGAUAUUA